UGACACGGUUACGGGCUCUCAACGGAAAGAUAGACAACUUAUUGAUUUUUUCAUAUCUGAAAUUACUGCUCCCUAGCAUAAUUACUUAUUAAAUAUGCAGAUACACUGUUGUGUAUGUUUUUGAAGAGAGAAUAUAUUUGCUGUGACUAGUAUGGCGAUAUGAUUAUGUAGUUGAUAAUUACGUUUGACAGUAGAAGUGUUAAUCACAUACAGUAGUAGUGGGUAACGACAAGUCACCGCUAGCUUUGAUUAUUUCCGUGAACUAGCUGAAUACAACCAUACAUCUGCGCCAUGUCGAGCUUAUUUUCUUGUCUCGGGAAGAAAAGUAAAACGAAAAAGAAAAACAAAGGAAAACCCCCAGAAGCAAAACAGGUUGAAGACCAACCUAAAGACAAUGGAGGAGACAAGGAUAUUCAUAUUGAAGAAGACAUCCCUGCAGACAAGGUAAAUGGUCAUUUAAAUAAUGACGAAGAGGAGGAAAUAGAUACCGGACCAGUCCAAUGUAUAGAGGAGACACAAGAGGUCACGCUCAUCAAAGAGCUCAAAUCAAAGCUCAGCAUAAAGAAAGAGUAUGAAAUAAAGGGUGAUAACUCUGACAAAACAACAGAGGUUAAAAAUGACCAAGUCAAUCAUGAUAAAGGCCCGGAAGUAUCUGAAAUCAUAGAACGUGCUGCAAUUAAGUCUGUUGGAGCAGAAAUAGUAAAAAUAGAAGCACAAGCCAAGGACAAGGGUAAACUUUUGAUAUCUGAAAGCUUAUCCGAGACAAACUUGAAACAAACAAACCAUCAGCUAUCAGAACAGAAUCAGAAAUUAAAGAGGUCAUUUGAAGAGGGCGAAAGAGAAAUUUUAAAACAACAAGAAGAUAUACAAAACUUGAAAUCAGAAUGUUCAACACUUAGAGCAAAUCUAAAUGGCAACAUGGAAAUGAAAGAUAUCAUCAGAGAUCGCAAUGAGAUAUUGUCCUCAGUCGAUGAGCUUACAAAUGUCUGCUCAUCGUUGAAGUUGAGACUUGAUGAAGUCGAAAAUGGAAAAAAAAUAAAGGACAAGCCAGCUUCUGAUAUUGAAUCUAAAAUAAGCUCAGUUGAUUCAGAACACCAAGGAUUAAGCGUAAGCAUAAAGAAUACCUUAAGAAGUGUCCAAGAACUUGAAUGUCGCGUUAUAAAUCUUGAACUUGAUAAAGAGAGUUACAUGGAGAAUACAGAUGAAUCCGUGUCGAAUUUCAAAGAAAUGGAAAACUUGAAGGCAAAAUUUGAGCAGGAUCUCAUAGUUGCACUAGAUAAAGGAAAAGAACAGAUGAACCAUCUAAAAUCUUUAGAAGGCCAAGUUGAAAAAUUGUCCUCAGAAAUUUCAGAACUUCAAAAAGAAAAUAAACAGCUUAAAGCCCAAAAUUCACACGACAAAGAAACAGAAAAGUUGAACCAAUUGAACACUUUUGAAAAUAAAGUUGGAAAAAUGAAUCAGGAUAUUACACAUCUUGUAGAAGAGAACAAGGAACUAAAGUGCCAGCUGGAGGCAAAAAAAGAUGACGAAAACCUCAUGAAAUCAUUAGAAGGUCAGAAUAAUACACAAAACAAGGAACUUCUGCGAUUGGAGGAAGAGAACAAAAAACUUGCAGUUCAAAUAUCUAAUGACACAGGAAAGUUCAAACAGUUAGAACAAUUAAAAACCUUAGAAAAGCAAGUCGAAAGUCAGAAAACGGAACUCGCCCAGCUUCUAGAGGAAAACAGGCAGCUUAUGGAUCAAGUAAAUAACGGAGUUGGAAAAACAAAUUCAUUGAAUUCUAUUAAAAAUCAAGUUGAAAAUUUAAACAAGGAAAUAUCAGAUUUACAGAGUAAAAACAAAAUGUUGGUAGAUAAGAUGGGAGAGAGUGUCAAAUCUACUAAGUCAAAAGACGAUAAGUUGUCAUCCCUGCAGAACAUAGAGACCGAUCUCCAAAAUAAAAUACAUAACAUGGAAUCCAAAAUGGAACAAUAUGAGGCUCGACAUAAAAGCGAGACACAGGAAAUGGUAAACAUGAAGAAAAAACUGGAGAAGUUGGAAAGUCAACUUAGAGAGAAGGAAAUAGCACAUCAGGAUACCAUACGAAAACUCGCGGAGGCGCAGAGCAAACAAGAGGAAAUAAAGAAGAGGUUAAGCCAUGUGGCUAAUGAGAAGACAUCACCAAUUAACAACAUAUCAUUGAUGUCCUGUAAUGGCGACGAGGGUCCGGUACAAAUAGGGGAGAAGUUUCGAGAAUUGUACAAUACUGUAUGGCGUGAGGCAUUUGAUAAAGUACAUACUGUCUGCAAAAGGGAUGAAAGGAAAGUUUUACUGAUUCUGAUGGAGUAUUUAACGGAAUGCUAUCUGUACUGCAGGAGAACUGCAAGGCAUCAAAUGGAUGCUUUAUUGUCACUACUAGUCAGCCCAACCAAUAUGAGAGGCAGUCUGCACAAGAGAUUACAAGGAAGGGCUGGUAGCAUUGACCACAUCCCUCCUGGACUGAAACAGAAUAUAAUGGCAUUUAGACGUACUCCAUCAGAUAAUUUCAUUGAAUGUAUUUUUGAGGAAUUUAUGAAUGUAGUAGAUUACCAAAAAUCAAGACAUCUUAGAAACAUACAAGCACGGGAUAUAACAGAAGUGACGCCGUUUGUUCGGAAAUGUAUUGGUGUAUGCUGGGAAAUGGUAACUCAAGAACCACCAAUGUAUCUAUUGUUCAAGUUACGUCAUAAUCAAAUCAUAGAAAGGGACAGGUUUGACACCUACAGCAGUGAUGGAAACAAAGUAGACUUUCUUGUUUGGCCCGCCUUGAUGCGUGAUGAGAAUGGACCAAUUUUAGAAAAAGGUGUUGUUCAAGCAAUUCGUUCUUAAGUUGUAGCGAAUUUUCUUUUAAAAAAUAGAUGUAUAAUUAAAAGAGUCACCAUUUGUCUAAUGAGUCAGAACAAUAUUUUAAUAUCAGUAGAAACUAUUGACGUCGAGCUUCAAAUGGUUGUACGCCUUCGGUUCAUGUGAUUUUUUUCUUAUAAAUUUUUUGAUGUAUAUAAAACGUUAUUCUCCAAUCCGAGUACUUAGAAAUAAACUAAAUCAUCAGUUAGAAAAUAUUAAUGAGGUUCAAAUGGUUGUAUGACAUAUCAUAACAUAUAUAUUUUUGUGUUUCUCGACAUUCUUAUUAUGAAAUUAUUUUCUAGGAUUUUAAAUCAUAUCUUCAUUGUCAUUAUGUAGCACACGGGUAAAUACAUCUUAAGUGUGCAAGAGUGGGUGGAAUGUUUGAAAUCAAAAUCUUGCCAUACAUUGACGGAUGGAUUAACUUCAUGGAUUCAGAGUAUUUUCUGGUAAAAGAAUUACUGUAUAUGUUUUAACAAUGGCUAUAUGUGUGAUAAGUGUUGUCCCGUGCUACACAUCUUUUUGAUGUUUUGUCUUGAAAAUAAAAUAAUUAAAACUUG